CACCAGAAAGUUAUCGCCCCUAUGAACCUCCAAAUAGAACCACCGGAAAAGAAGAAGAAGAAUAGGACUUCACCACCACCAGCACCGCCUUCAUGUCCAUCAUUUUCUUUAUUUCCAGACGAAAUCUUCGUGAACUGUUUAGCCCGGAUCUCGAGAAUGUACUACCCAACACUCUCAAUCAUUUCAAAAAGCUUCCGGUCACUCCUGUCUUCCACGGAGCUCUAUACAGCUCGAUCUCACAUCGGAACCACCGAGCAGUGUCUCUACGUCUGUCUCUCCGAUGAAAGUUACCAAUCUCCCCAAUGGUUUACCCUCUGCAUUAACCCUAAUCGAACCCUAACCGUCUCCACGAUCAAAAAGAAGAAAACCGUAGGAAAAUCGUUGGCUCCAAUUCCGUCGUCGUCUGAUUUUCCUUCAGUAUCAGAAUCCACCUUAGUUGUUGGUUCAGAUAUUUAUGUCAUCGGCGGACCAAUCAAGACAGAACUAUCCAUGCCCAAAUGUACACGUCCGUCAUCAGCCGUAAGAAUCCUUGAUUGUCGUACUCACACAUGGCGUGAUGCCCCUAGCAUGAUCGUACCCAGGAACCAUGCUCUCACAUGUUUCUACGAUGGAAAAAUAUAUGUGAUGGGAGGAUGCGGAGAACUGGAAGAGCCAUGGGCUGAGGUGUUCGAAACAAAUACACAAACUUGGAAACCUCUCUCGGACCCAGGUACUGAGAUACGUAAUAUAGGUAGUUGUACCUUUUACACAAUCAAAGAAAUAAAAGGAAAGAUUUUCUUUUGGAAUCCAAACCGAGCAUAUGCUUAUGAUACAAGCCAAGAUAACUGGGAGAGUUAUGCGGAGUUGUGGGAGUCAACAACAUGUUUGAUCGAUGGUGGUGUACAGUACUACUAUAUUCCCAAGUCAGCAUGUGAGAUUGAUGGUGUAUGGUAUUUUAUAAGUUAUGCCUUCUACCACUUCCGGUGGACAAAGGAUGGAGGAGAUUGGGAAGUUAUGAAAGGGUUAUACUCAUUAAGAGAGCUGUACAAAAGGAAUGGUGGCUCUAGUAGAAAUACAACUAAGUUAGUUAGCUGUGGUGGGAAGCUCUUACUUUUGUGGGAAGGUUAUAUGAAACAUAACCCCAACAAUAGAAAGAAGAUUUGGUGCGCGGGAAUCACGUUGAAAACUGAUGAUGAAGGUGAGGUUUGGGGUAAUGUUGAGUGGAUUGAUAUUGUGCAAAGCGUUCCGACACAGUGUGAGCUCUUGCAUUGUCUCGUUGUUACCGUUUGAUGGACUUGUAUCAGAGUUGGAGAAAAGAGAAGAAGAAGAAGCAAAUGGAGAGCAACAGGAGUUAAGGAGAAGAAUUAGGGGUUAAAAGUGACGCUUAUGAACAUACCUUUAUUUUGUCAAACUAGCUCGGCAACUUUGUUUUAUUUUGGAUAUAUUUAUCUAAGCCUUUGACUGAUCAGUAUUGUUGUAAUCAUAUUGGUGAUUCCAAAUUAUGUUAAUGUUAGGUCUGAAACACAUCAAAUUGUCUCUUGCUCUUAAGGUUCGCUGAUGUAUAUACCGUGCCAAUAAGCAGGCAUGCUAUACAAAGUUUUGACCAGCUGAUUCACCACCCGUGCUCUGAAUAAAUAUUUACAAAAUAUUUUAAUCAUAUUCCAGGAAUUCGAAACCAUAGAAAUUCAACGGAAGAUGAAGACAGUCUUUAAUUAUCUAAUUAACGUUUUUUAAGGAUUUUUAACGUUAAAACCGCUAAACUAUGUUUGUUUUGGGUAAAAGUUUGAGGUAUUUAACGGAAAAACCCUCAAACUAACUUUAUUUAAUAAAGUAAACUCUAACGGGUCAUAAUUACCAAUACUACCGGUAAAUUUUUAGUUUAGGGGUUUCUACAUUAAGUA